AUGAAUCUGGCUCAAUAUCUGCAGGACUUAUUCACUGACGGUGACGAUUCUGAGUUUGAAGAGUUUGAGGAGUCUCUAAUGGAGGAGGGCUUUGCAGCAUCAAGUCAGAGUUUCCCUUCAACAUCGCCUACGCAAGGCAUUUUGAACUUGUUCUGGAAGACGAAAGCGAGUCACGAACUCCAAGUUUACGAGCUUGUGCGGCGCUUAUGUAUCGACAUCGGCCAUGGUCUGCAAAGCCUUCACGAAAACAAUUUCACGCAUGGCGAUUUGAAGCCGGAGAAUGUCCUCAUUUUUCAAUACGCGGAUAAGGUUACGGCAAAGCUUUGCGACUUUGGAUGUGCGAAAGGACCUAGCCAGGAUCCAAGCAUAGUCAAGAAGGAUGACAUUGCCAUCGACAAGCAAGGCAUCGACGCGAAAGCGGGCAGGACUAAGGACUCUUAUCUUGGGACACCAGGCUGGAUACCACCCAGCGGCGAGGUCCGUGCAGCUCAUGAUUUUGACGGCCUCCGUCGAUGCGAUCUCUAUGUUUACGGACUCGUUGUCUGUAGUUCGUUCUUAUUUGCGGGGCGCCCUUACCCAACGCACCCUAAUCUGGACAGUAUGCUUGGUCACUUGCGCCAGCUGGAUACGCCCGGAAGAAAUAUCCCUUUCUCGUGGAAAAAGUCAAAGAGACGCAUCUUUGAUCAAGUAACGCGAGUUUUAGAGGACACGAUGAAGGCACCAGAGGAGCGCGGUCUUUUCCCGUGGAGGCUUUUUGGGUAUCAUCACAAGCAAUUGCGGAAGCAAACCAUAGAGUCAGAUCAGGAUUUCGUGACAAGAUUCAAGAUAUGGCUCGGAGGUUCUAAAAGAGGGUCUCCAGGGACCGAUCUCAGCCUCGAGACGAAAGCGGCUUAUGCUCAACAAGACUGGUGGAAACUUGUGCCCGAUGAGUGUAGCGAGUCAGGGACCACGUCGAGCCAGUCGACAAGUCUGGAGACUCCUACAAACACGCCUGCAGGAACGAAUGGAAAUAAUCAGUCCGGGCCGGCAUCAUACUUCCUAUUCGACGAAGAUAACAGUUGUCACAAGACCGACAUGUUCAAAACCGGGAGACGCAAGGAAGACGCCAUGCAACUCCCUGGCCUGAUGAUAUUAGCAAUACUAAAGUUGGAUGCUGAUCGUGGGAAGUUAUACUACCUCGCACGGUUUCGAAGCCGCGUCCCAAAGGAAUGGUGGAAGCAUUACGCUCCCAACAUUCUGCAGAUGGCAUUGCAAGCAGCCCCGGCUGUCGACAUCCAUACUCUUGCUUGGCUCUGCCGCGGCCCGAUCGGGAAAGCCGAGGUAAGGAGUCUACAAGCCGACAGGAUGACGUGGGGGCACAUCAUGACUAGGGGCGAGUUAGACGAGUCUUCAAGAUUGGAUCGGUUCCUCCUCCUGCUGCAAUUUGGGGCUCAUAUAGAUCAACGGAUGGAAGGACAACAUGGAAAGACCAAGAGUAUUUACACAGCGUUCCUCAAAUCUUUCCCUUCACGGCCAGCGAUCACAAAUACCUUGUCCAUGCAAGUUAUCUGGAGAGUCGACGACGCUAUGGCAGACAACCGUAUUCGCCUUCCGAAAUGGACGUACAGCUACGUAGCACACGUUAUACGCAAUCCGAAUUCCAGCAUGGUUGAUCAGUCAGAGAGAUCACCGCUUGUUGAACUGCCAAUUGGAUGGAGAGUCAUACGACAGAAAUUGACCGAACCAGAGCUCAUUUGCUACAAAGAUAUGUUCACGCAGUCCAUGACUCUUACCAAGCCUAAGGUCAGCCUUCUUCAGAUGCGCCAGCUGCCUAUUGGACUUCUUCAGGUGCCUUUAGAAGGCUUGACAUGUCAUGUUGAUCUGCUCGCCUGUAUGCGUGCAGGAUCUGGCCCUGAAGAGGCUGGCAGUCUUGCGCGCCGUCUCGACGCACGUUUCCCUUACUACGGCGACGCGUGGUUCGAGACGGAAUUCAGUAUUGAACCCAAUGUCGAUGAUGUCUUGGGGGCCAUGUCAAAUUCGCGGAUUCGCUCAUUUGUUGCCCGUCUCGGCAUCUUUCGUGGCUACGAUGCUGCUUUCAUGACUGGCCUUUUUCUUAUGUCAGUAUGUCUUACAGGACUUAUUAUUCUAGCAGUGCGACUCAUGAUACACCGGAAAUAUGAGGGUGGCAUUUGA